CCCUCGUUGCCUGAGACUUGUCAGUCGGUGCCUGUCCGUUGAGGGAGGCGCACGCUUGGGGGGAGAGAUCGGUCUUCCGCGGUGACUUGGUCGUAUUCUUAAGCGAAAAUGGCUGAGCCGGCCACCCAGUCCCCGUAUAUUUCUUCCUCCGCUGGGGGUGGCUCCUCGGAACCAGGAGGACGAGAGGUCAAAGGGGCAGGUUCCCCCCAGUCUUGCGCUGAUUCCUUUGUUUCUUCCUCUCAGCCUGUCUCUCUCUUUUCGACUUUACAAGCUGGAGCUCAAGAAACAUAUUUAACACAUUCAGGAAACCAAAGGGAAGCAACCGAAAAGUCCGAACCCCGAAAGGCAGGGAAGGAGUUCAUCGAUGGCCAAAACCAAGACUAUGUCUAUGGGACCAAUGAAAGUCUGGGAACAAAGGCAGCCUCUGCGGGUCCUCCUGGCCCAGAAGAAGGCUCUGAUGGCUCCAGAGCUCAUACAUGUGGUCCAGCACUGCAAGCUGGUUCCCUGGGGCAUAGUAAUCCUAAAGGAGAUGUCUCUGUAAAUGGGAAGGCUGAUCUGAGUGGACGUGACCAGCUGAAAGAACUGGCUUCCAGCGUAGAAUCCAAAUUUGCUUUGCUGACCAACCCGCAAGGAGAACCUGCGCAGCCUCAGUCCAAAGUUGGAUAUUCCCACUCCUCAGCAAUGGGUGACGCUGCGGUGGAGAAAGAGUCUCCCGAAUCUCCAUUUGAAGUGAUUGCUGACAAACUGGAAUUUGAUAAGGAAUUCAAGGAGGUCCUUGCAAGCAGCGCCAGUGACAUUGGCAGCAACUGGGUCCUGCAUAACGAGCGGGAGAUGCUGACAGACAUUCCAGAGGACAGUGUCUGUGAGUUUCGGGCCAAGCCACGGAGUGGUGGCAGAAUUCCUCCUGUUCCCGGGCUCUCGCGCCAAUCCUCGGGCACCACCGCAGCCCUCGAAGAGGUCUCCAAGUGUGUCCGCGAGAUGCAUAGCUUCACCAAUGAGCUGCUCAACUGGGAUCUGAUCCCCAAGGAUCUGGAUGACAAAGCAGAAGUGUUGGUUCACUCGGGAGUCUCAGCGUCACCUCCCCAAGAUACCAACACUGACCUUACGCGGUUGAAGGCCGGUAUCAUGGAAGUGGGGAAGGCUCCCACCCCUCAUCACCCGGUCACAGUCAGCCUCCACCCAAAAAGCCGGCUGCCUCCAGAGGUCGAAGGAAAGCAGCCGGCGGUCUCUCAAGGGGCAGGUGUUGGGAAGAAGGUCGCUGUGGCCACCGCUGCCUCCGUGGAGCCAAAGCCUGCUGACAUUAGUUGGUCAAAUCCUGGCCUUCCCGAAGCAGUUGAUGUUGACAGCUCCAGCGAGUCCGAUGACACCGUCAUUGAGGACGCGGCGGCAGAGAUGACCUUCCGAACGGAGAAGUUGCCCGAGAGUGACAAGCCAGAAGCAGAAACUGUGCAGGCAGAAGCAGGAAGGGCUUUGCACAAGACGGCUGGACUCCACCCAGAAAGCAGGGUUCCUUCCAAGAACGCGGAAGGCACUUUGGGAGCCCCUGAUCACUUCAAAGCCAUCCAGGCCAAGGCUGAUGUUCUUCAGAGGAGCCCGCCGGCUGGAUCUAAGACAGGGAGGGAACUGGGUACUUGCAGGCAGGACUUUGUUGGGAAGCAAUCCAGUGCCGAAGGCCUCCCUCUUUCCCCACGAGCAGUCUCCCCGUCUCUCCCUUUAGAGAAGGCGAAAACGGCGGUGUGUCCAGAGGCUGCGAAGGCCGAGGGCUUCAUGGACUUCACGAAGGAGGGUUUGAAAUCGGAAGGGAAUGACUCCCCCGAAGACCCCGUUGAAACUUUCUCAGAGGCCGAGCUCAGGGCAGCCCGCUCUCACGUGGCGGCUCCAGAUUUCCAGCGGCCGCCCCAGGCAGCUCAAGACUUUGAGCAAGAGCACCUCACGAUCAAGGCCCUCAAAGAAGCCGGCCGGAAGACUGAGAUGGAAAGGCAGCCCUCCACUCCAGGCCGGAGCUCUCUGCCUAGCGGGAGGGCUUCUGGGCACUACUUUCAUACUAUCCCUCAAGAGCCUCCGGUGCCUGCUCAGAAGUCGGCCUUGGAGAAGAGGCCCCUCUGCCUCGAGGAGGCGGUGGAUGUGAAGCUGGCUCCCGGCCCUGCUGCUGCCGCCUUCGGGGCACACGGCGUUUCCAGCAAAUCUUCCCAAGGGCAUUCUCCUGAGCCUCCCCUACCACACAUGAUCAAAAAAUUACUGGCUGGAUUCUCAGUGCAUGACCUGAUCUUCUGGCGGGAUGUGAAAAAGACAGGCCUCGUCUUCAGCACGACGUUGAUCUUGCUUCUCUCCUUGGCCGCCUUCAGCGUCAUCAGCGUCGUGUCGUACCUCAUCCUGGCACUCCUCUCGGUCACCAUCAGCUUCCGAGUCUACAAGUCCGUCAUCCAGGCCAUACAGAAAUCUGAAGAUGGGCAUCCAUUCAAGAGCUACCUGGACCUGGACAUCACCCUCUCCUCCGAGGCUUUCCACAACUACGUCAGCUCUGCGAUGGGGCAUGUGAAUCGGGCUCUGAAGCUCAUCAUGCGCCUCUUCUUGGUGGAGGACCUGGUGGAUUCCUUGAAGCUGGCAGUCGUCAUGUGGCUGAUGACCUACGUUGGGGCCAUCUUCAACGGGAUCACCCUUCUCAUCCUGGGGGAGUUGCUUGUUUUCAGCGUCCCAGUUGUUUAUGAGAAGUACAAGACUCAGAUUGACCAUUAUGUUGGGAUUGCCCGGGAUCAGAUCAAGUCAAUCGUGACCAAGAUCCAAGCCAAGGUUCCUGGAGCUGUGAAGAAAAAGCCAGAAUAAUUCUGCCAGAGAGCUAGGACCCAGCUGUUCACUAAAUCGAAACAGGAAAAAAAAAUUCUCUUGUGUCAUAGUUAUAACCAUUGUUACUUGUACCUAUGAAGGAACAUGCCAAGUCAGCUUGAUGUCUGCAUUCCAAGCUUAAUUGAUUUUGUUUUAAAAAAAUUCCACUCCUUCCCCUCCCCCAGGCCUAAACACUGGGCUCAAAGUGCACUGGACUAAGCAUGAACUGGUGUCAGGAAUUUACAAAGGGAAAGCAAAGGGGUGAGGGGACCCUUCUGGCUUUCCCAGCAGGCUGAGCGAUCAUCGCGUCUUGGAUGGGACAGGGAGUGAGCAACCCAAAGCCGGAUGCUCUUUCCUGGGCAGAAACAUGAUCUCCACUCCACCAAACUUCUUGUGGGUUUCAGAACCCAGCCUCAUAGGCUAAGUAGCUGCGAGGUGAAGGUGGUUUUCUUUCUUUCUUCCCUUCUCUCUGGAGCUUUGGGUAUAAUUUGCUGACAAUUAAUUCAUCGCUCCCUAAUCUCUAAAAUUUUAACAGCAAAUUAAGACUUUGUAAUCAUUUUAACCAUUAAAUGGACAGGGACACCCAUUUAUUGAGUUGUGAUUUAACAUUUCACUGUAUUUUAAUUGGUUUCUCUCUUGGGGGGGGGUGAUUGUGGCAGAUGGGGUGGCCAUUUGGGCCACUUGUAGAAGUUUUAAAUUAUUUUUAAAUGCAUAGAUUAACUGUCAACAGUUGCUGCCACGGGUUAAUUCCCUGGACAGGGCCCCACAUUUUAAUUAAUUUUCUUAAUGAUAACAAUGUGAACCUUUUAGCGUCAGUGUUUCCUACUUCUGCGCUGUUUUCCCUGCCCUUCCGCCUUCUAGUAAAAAUGAUUGGAUUUUCAUCCAGCGCUGUGUUCCCAUUCCAUGAAAGGCGAAAGGUGUCUCUUGGCCCCUCCGUGGGCUCAUCUUAUCGUUCUGGCAUGAACUAAUCAGCCUGUAACAAGAGGGCCAGGUUGAGAACACUCUGAGCUACAUCUGGCCAGUUGCUUUCUCUCUCCUGGCGCCUUGACCCUCGCCCCGUCUACCUUGCUGAUGGAAAGGGGGGGGGACACCCUCCAACCCAUCUCCCUUAAUGAUGUCAGUUCUGCUCUUUAGUCUGGUUCAUCCUCUGCCUUCCUCUGUCGCUGCUCAUCAUACACCUACAGUAUCCUGCCCCAUUCCCCCGUGGGGUGAAUAAGGUUGUAUUUUUAAAAAAAAAUCUUAACUCUGAAGUGAAAAUGUCUGUAACUUUUGUACACGUUGCUGUAAACAAACAAACAAAAAAAAUAAGCUGUGGAAAAGCCCAAACUUCUGCAUGUAACUGAUUCCUCGACCCCAUCCCACCCUGUAAUUUUAGUCCUUUGAGGUCAUAGAGGUAGGGAAUUGCAGAGCACAGGCACCGACAUCGAAAUCCCCAAUGUCUUUGCUCUCUCUUGGCCUCACCUGGCUGUCGGAGAGCCGUAGGACCGGGGGGCUGUAGUUUCAACACAAGAGUUUGCAUCCUUGACUCAGAAACUCACUAGUGCAUAUUUACUGUUGUGUCUUUACUUUUAGAGAGACCGUUGGGUGAGCGAAAGGUGGCAUCGGAGAAUUUUGUUCUGGGAAAAGUUGCUUUUGUCGUUGUCCCUUGGGAAGUCUCUGUUGAACAGAUUUGUCGCAAUAGGAUGGUUUGUCAGCUUGCAGGCGCCGGGAAAACGGACUCUGUGCACCAAGUUAAAACGACUGCAUUGCAAAUUUUAUGAUAUUCUGAUGAAAUGCGGAGUGGGGGGGGUAGAGAGUGGAAGAUUGGUUUGGAAUUCUGCUUAAUGGAGGGGAGUCCCUCACUUCUGUAGGCUGAGUGAAAGGAUCCGUGUUAGAUUGGCAGCUAAAAUCACAGGGACCACUGCCUCUCCUGUUAGGAUGUUGGGUAUGCAGAGUGGAGAAUACAGCAAAAGGGAUCUCUUGAAUUUGCCCAGCGAGUCUGAUUCUUGUUGGGUAUGCAGAGUGGAGAAUACAGCAAAAGGGAUCUCUUGAAUUUGCACAGCGAGUCUGAUUCUUUGCAGAUACGGCGGCAGCAGCUGCGGCUGCUACAGAUUGGAACACCCCCUCGCUGCCCGGCACCUUUCAUACUUCCCACUUCUCUGAACGUUGCCUGUGUACCAAAGCUCCCCUCUGGGAAUGGCGAGCAGGGCCGUGUCCUGAGUGCGAAAGGUGUCUGAUUUAGUCAGAAGACACCGUGACGUGCAGUGGGGGAUGUUUCAGAUGUAGGCGAUUGCUGGAUGGGUUUGUCUUUGGAGAAUAAGAGACGGGGCGAGCGAAUCCAGAUGUUGUCGGGCUGCAAGGCCCAUAAGCCCAGGCGAGCAUAUUCGCUGGUGCGAAAUGCCGGGACUUGCAAUCCAGCAAAAGUUGGAAGGCUGUAGGGGGCUCGCUCCCUGCUUUAGCAAGAGGCACGUGAAUAUCUGUAUGCUUCUGCACCACCGAACCUGCCCACCCACCCAUCUCCCUUUUUUUUCCAAGGGCCUCUUCUCCACACUUGGAGAGUCUUUGGCUUAGCUCUUCCGUAUGUCAUGUUACUGCUGUGUUUGAGUAUCGUGAACCCGAUCUCUUCGUGGCCCGGUGGGCUUUCCUUUUUUUUUCUUCCUUUUUUCUUUUUUUAAAAGGUAAAUAAAGAAAAUGUACGUAGACAGAGAAAAUGACAGAAACUACUAAUGAAGCUCUUGCGUUUGUGUGCAUUUGUGUGUACUGUGUGUACAUCGUUAAAACGUAUGGGUAGCGCUAAGGGACCAGAAGAAAGCUGGUUUGAGAUUUAAAGAAGGAAAAAAAUUGCAACUUGAUCUGGUAUUAUUAAUAAAAAGAGCACAACGUACAAACUCCA